AUUGUGCCGGUAUAAACAACCAUGCAUUUAGAGAAUCCGAGUGGGCGACUCUCGCCGGUCCCGCUGCGUGUAUCAGGGUCACGUGGCACCAGGUUUCCUCCAAUCAGAGCUAAGCGAAGUAGAUGCCCACCCCUGAAACUGAAUCUGCCAGCGACGCGCUAUUAUAAAUACAGGUUCAACUACGCCGGCAAGUCUUGGUCGACUGAUACGCUCGGGGUUGCAGCAUAACAUCCCUCGCCUUUUUUCAUUCAUUCUUUAUCUGAUUUUUAAAACAAGAAACAUACAACCCCAUCCAUCUUCGAGUCCCCCCCCUCUUUUUCUUCUUCUUCCCAGUUACAAUUGUUUUUUGCGGCCAGUUGCAUGCAUUGUUCGUCUCCCAAAAUGGUUUGCGAGACUAAAAUUGUUGCGGACGAACACGAUGCUAUACCUGGGACCAAAAAAGAUUCUAUGAUGGUGUCCUCCUCACAUAUGUGGGGCCCCUCCUCGGCCAGCACGGCCCUGAAUCCCGUCGAAGACCGGGACAUGAAGAAAGACGUGGUGUUCAUCCGCGAGUUUGAGCGCGGGGAUCAUGUCGAGGUGCGGCGCAUCUUUAACGAGGGUAUCACGGAAAGAAUACCCAACACAGUGUUCAGGGGGUUGAGGCAACAGCCUAAAACCCAGUUUUUAUAUGCUCUUCUGACAUUAAUGUGCUUUGUCGUGACCAAAUCCUUCGCCCUGACCUGCUGUGCACCGUUUAUUCUAAUGGGCGCGCGCUACUACUACAGCAGGAAAGUUAUCCUCGGUUACCUGGACUGUGCCCUGCACACGGACAUGGCCGACAUAGAAGCGUAUUACAUGAAACCUACAGGAUCCUGCUUCUGGGUGGCCAUGCUGGAGGGCCGCGUGGUGGGCAUCGUGGCGGCGCAGGGACGCGAGGAAGACAACACGGUUGAGCUGCGGCGCAUGUCCGUCGACGCCCGCUACCGCGGCAAGGGCAUCGCCAAGUCGCUGGGCCGGCGCGUGCUGGAGUUCGCCGUGCGCAACAACUACGCCGCCGUCGUGCUGGGCACCACCGCCGUGAAGAUGGCGGCGCACAAGCUGUACGAGUCGCUGGGCUUCCGUCGGACGGCCCGCAGCGACGACUACCGGCUGCCGGGCAUGAGCCGCACGCCACUGGAGAGGCUGUUCUUCCAGAUCCGCCACAGCCGCUACCGCCUGCAGCUCCGCGAGGAGUGAGGGGGCGGGGAGGGAGGGAGGGAGGGAGGGAGGGAGGGAGGGAGGGAGGGAGGGAUGGAGAGAGGGAAGAGGGAGGGCAAGGGAGAGAGAGAACCACAACCUGCUGCGCGAGACCAGAGUCGAUCUCCUCUGACAGCUUUAAUUUAUUCGGUUUUACGUUGUUGUUUUUUUGCGAUGGGCGUCGACGGGGGAAAGUUCACUUUCUGCGCUCUCUGUUUCCACGCGUCGGCGGCCGCUGUGCCGUAAGGUCACUGACUCUUAGGUUGUUUCCGUUUGUUUUUAUAUCACGCCUUUUCGAUUUUUUUUUUAAUUUUUUUUUUAAUAUACCUCUACAUUUUCGAGUUGUUUUCCCGACCCCCUUUUUUAAUUUGUUUAAUAUUCUGUAUGAUUUGAAUAAUUACUAUUAGGACCCUCUCCUUUCUCCAUGGUGUCGAGUAUAGAACCACCGGACCUUCGCAGACGAUGACCUCCUGUCCCCGCGCCUAACCGGAACAUUCCCAGCCAAUCACUGACCGCGCCUGAAACCCCCCCCCCCCCCCCCCCCCCACUCAGAUCGAUACGCCCUUUACAUGACUGUGCCCGCAAGACCUCCCGUACUUUCCAUCCCUCCUACACCCUCUCCAUCCAAGCCCCACCCACCCAGCCAGAAUGGCACCCAGGGGAGCAGGAGAAAGGAGCAGUGUCUGCUUUCUCACCGUUCCCCCACGGAGGGCCGCAUUGGAAUGGACGGAUGACUGGACAUUUGGACGGAGAGACGGAAGGAAGGAUGGAUGGGAUGAAGGGGUUUAAGGGGGUUGUUUUUGGCCUGUUUUGAGCGUACUGUGUCUCCAGUGGACAGAGCGUUGGUCACACAGCAACCGAGACAGCGCAUUGAGAUCCGCCCCCGGAGUCAGCCCCAGAACAUCCCAACACUUCCUGCGUUCGAGACAGGAAUUACAACACCC